AUGUGUCAUACAAAAACUCCAAGUCGUAAAGUUGAUCCACGUAUAAAAGAAUCACAUAUGAAAGAAAGAGGAUUAUCAAUAAGGAAAUCUUCUAAUGUAGUAGUUGAGAAAGAUACAGAUCAAAUAAAUACUCUGGAUAAUUUUAUGGAUAUAGAUAUCGGUGGUUUUGAUAAUGAUGGUUCUAACAGUAAACAAGAGUUAUAUGGGUUUAAUUUUCUUGUUACGACACCAAAAAAAUCAUGA